GGGGGCAGCAGCGAAAGCAUGGCGGCGGCGGCGGAGGGGAGCUUCGGCCAGAUGGGCCUGGACGCGCGGCUCCUGCAGGCGGUGGCGGAGCUGGGCUGGGCCGCGCCGACCCCGAUCCAGGAGAAGGCGGUGCCGCUGGCGCUGGAGGGGAAGGACCUGCUGGCCAGGGCCCGGACGGGCUCCGGGAAGACGGGCGCCUACGCCCUGCCGCUGCUGCAGCGCCUGCUGGACGCCAAGGCGGCGGCGCUGGUGGCGGAGCAGGCGGUGCGGGGCCUGGUGCUGGUGCCCACCAAGGAGCUGGCCCGGCAGGCGCUGCAGAUGCUUCGGCGGCUGGCCGCUUACUGCGCUCGGGACGUGCGCGUUGUCGACUUGGCCGGCCCGGAGGACCUGUCCGCCCAAAGACCCCUCUUGAUGGAGAAACCAGAUGUGGUGAUAGGAACACCGUCACGGGUUUUGGCACAUGUACAAAUGCAAAACUUGAGACUGCAGAAUUCAUUAGAAAUUUUGGUGAUAGAUGAAGCUGACUUGCUUUUUUCAUUUGGCUUUGAGGAAGACUUGAAGAAUCUCCUCUGCCAUUUGCCCAAGAUCUACCAGACCUUCAUCAUGUCAGCUACCUUCAACGAGGAUGUGCAGGCACUGAAGGAGCUGGUGCUACACAACCCAGUGACCCUCAGGCUGCAAGAAGCACCGUUGCCAGAUAGCUCCCAGCUAAGUCAGUUCCAGAUCCAGUGUGAGACUGAAGAGGAUAAAUUCUUGCUCCUCUACGCCCUCUUGAAGCUUUCCCUGGUGCGGGGAAAAGUUCUCCUCUUUGUCAACAGAACCGACCGCUGCUACCGCCUCAAACUCUUCCUGGAGCAGUUUGGAAUCGCUGCCUGUGUCCUCAACUCAGAGCUGCCUGCUCAGUCCCGAUGCCACAUCAUCAGCCAAUUCAAUCGGGGCGUCUACAAUUACAUCAUUGCCACAGAUGAACAGGACCUGGCAGAACCAGAGGAGGCUGGCAGGAAAAGGAAAAAGGGCACCAGAGGAGAAAAGGGCAAAGAUCAGGAAUAUGGGGUCUCCCGAGGCAUCGACUUCCACAACGUGUCCGCGGUCUUCAACUUUGAUUUCCCCCCCUCCUUCGAAUCCUACAUCCACCGAGCAGGCAGGACGGCCCGUGUUCACAACCCAGGCACAGUCCUGACCUUUGUCUUGCCCUCUGAGAGGCUUCUGCUUGCCAAGAUAGAAGAGGUGCUUACAGCCGAGAGCGCAAGCAAGUACACCUUGACGCCCUACCAGUUCCGGAUGGGGGAGAUCGAGGGACUCCGCUACCGCUGCCAGGAUGCCAUGCGGUCAAUCACCAAGCAGGCCAUCAAAGAAGCUCGGCUCCGUGAAAUCAAAGAAGAAUUGCUCAACUCAGAGAAACUCAAGACGUACUUCGAAGACAAUCCCCGGGAUCUGAAUUUGCUGCGCCAUGACAAGCCCCUUCAUCCGGCCAUUGUUAAGCCUCACCUGCGCAACAUCCCAGAAUACUUGGUCCCUCAGGGUCUCCGGCCAGCAGUUCCAGCCCUCGCUGGGAAACGCAAGCGGUGGAAAUGCCCGGCCUCCACUAGCAAGAGCCAGCGGAACCCCUUGCACAGCUUCAAGAACACCAAGAACACCAAGAAGAAAUUUCGGACCUUGGCAAAGCCCAAAUAAGUCACCGGAGGCCUUGGUUCCUACCAGCCGCAGAAUGAAUGAAAGUGACAGAGACUGGUUUCCAUUUCCCGGAUGGCAGAAGCGCCAUAAAGCUGCUCUCUCCCGUUUUCAGUUUUUUAAAGAGUCGCUUGGCUCCUCUCUGCCCCUUGCUAAAUAAAUCGCAGUGGCCAAGACAGAACCCCAUUUCACAAGAUGGCUCCUGCUAAUCUCUGGCUUCUGCUGCGUCAAAUGCUCUCUUGUGCGGAGGGGAGGCGAGUGGGGAAGGGCAUCCCGCAAACAACUCAGCCUCGUGAUAAGCAGCGCCUGGAAUUGCUCAGGGAAGCACGCGGGGAACCGGGACAGGUCAUGGAGCAAAGGCGUGCACUGUCUUCAUAUAAAUAAAAUCUACAUGCGUGGGAUUGCGUGUAUGACGGUGUGAAACUGUUGGUCGGCCUGUUGCCAGAAAAAGUCCCGUUCUUGCCAGCAGGCUGAAGCGGCCGACCACAGGGCACCUUGCCAAGCAGUGGGCUGGGAUGGCAGCUGGUGGACUCUUGCCCGGGCUGGUGGCUUUUAUCAGGCGCCAAGGCCAGGACACGAUUGUAAACCUUGAAGUGGCAGGAUAAGAAGCUCAGGGUGUCGCCUUGCGUGGCCUGGCCUGAUCUGACGUUGCACAGCAAGGAUCAGGAGGGCAAGCAGGGCCCCAGAAAUGCCCCCCCCACCCCCGGAGUGUCUUGCUGUGCUCCAUCUUUCGUACAGCCCCCAAAUUUCACUUAGCAAGGAAGGGGGGGGAUUUGGCCAUUCUAUUAAAGGGCCGUUAAAGCUAUUUUGGUGCGAUGUUUCAAGAGAGGAGGCAGGGAAAAGCUUUUGGCAGAGGCUCUCAGGAAGGCAGGCAGCCAGGCCCUUCGGUGGGGCUUGGCGUCCUUGGAUGGAAGGGGAAAGGGCCACCUUCACGGGAAGAUCACUUCUGGAUUUUGUGCUUGUGAUGAAAAAAAAAUAUGAAAUUCUUUGGUUUUGCUGACUAGAUAAAUUUGUUAUAGAAAUGUCUAAUAUGUACUAAUGUGUAAAUAUCAUAAAUUGUG